AAACCCAGUCGCCUACAUAUCCCAGAGUUCAAAGCCCUCGUUGGUACUCAGCUGCUCUCACCGAGCACCCGGCGGCCCCGCGUGUUUCACGGCGAUGUGGUCCUUUCAGUCUCUCUUCUCCUGCUUCAAAAUGAAAAGCACGUCUGGCUGAAGCUUCGUGGUGAACGAGAAAAGAAAAGAAAAAAAACGGUAACAUGAGAUGGACAUCACUUGCACCAGACCGUCCUUGUAUGGGGAGAUCGCUCAUGGUCUUGGAUUCUGGACAGACCGGUCAGCAGUGCAUGAGGCCGCUGCACAGGGCAGGGCCCUCCAGCUGCAGCAGCUGAUCGAGGGCGGUGCAGCAGUUAACAUUGUGGCAAUGGACUCCAUCACCCCCUUGCAUGAGGCGUGUAUACAGGGACAGACACAAUGCGUCAGACUGCUGCUGAAAGCUGGCGCACAGGUAGAUGCUCGUAACAUCGAUGGAAGCACGCCGCUGUGUGAUGCCUGUGCAGCAGGUAGCCUUGAAUGUGUCAAGCUGCUGUUGGAGUAUGGAGCAACAGUUAAUCCCCCACUGUUUACCUUCUCCCCUCUUCAUGAGGCUUGCAUGGGAGGAAAUUCCGAUUGUGUCCAGCUCAUGAUCGAUCGGGGAGCUUUCAUGGAGGCCUAUGACUGCCACUAUGGGACACCGCUACAUGUCGCCUGCGCACGGCAACAUUAUGACUGCGUUAAAGUUCUCCUAAGUGGAGGUGCCAAUGUGAAUGCUGCCAUGCAGCUACAUGAGACGGCCCUUCAUCAUGCAGCCAAAUCCAAGAGCAUUAACUUGAUUGAUCUACUUGUGGAGUUUGGAGGGAACGUGUACGCCAGAGAUAACCUGAACAAAAAACCCAUCCACAACACCAGUCAGGGAUCCACCCCCUACCUCUGCCUCGAGUUUUAUGAGAAUACCCCUCUCAGUCUACAACAGAUCAGCAGAGUGGCGGUGAGAGGGGUCCUCGGCAUAAGAGCACAGGAAGUUGUUUCCAAACUGAACUUGCCCAAUCGCAUCAUACGUUUUCUGUCCCACGUGCCACCUCCAGUUAUCGAAAUGUAAUCACCUGUGAGAAACAUCAGAUGCAGCUCUUAAAAGGUUAAAUGUUGACCAGUUAUGUUUGUGGAUCUCUCAAUUUCCAGACAAGAGAGACUUCAUAACUUCAUAACUUAAAUAAUAAGACGGUUUGCACAAGCACAUUUGGCAGCGUUGAUACCAUCAUCUCAUCAUGAUGUUCUGGCCACCCUGUCACCUGUAAACAACUGCCUGCUGACACAUCCACUGGAGUUAUGUUUAAGUCCAGGUUUAACUUAUUCAUUCAUUCAUUCAUUCAUUUCAAUCCUUUGUUUGGAAAAGAAUGUUGGUUCCUGUGGGUAAAGUGUGAUGAGACUCAACCAUACAGUCCGCAUGAACGACAAAAAAAGAACAACUAGCUAUUAAAGGUAAAGACACUGGUGAUAUAUUGAUCAAUUUCCCCUCAAACACAGACUCUCCUUUUAGUUCUUUGCACCUGUUGCGACACUGAAUUCCACCUUUCAGCCCCGUUUUACGACGUGGAGUCUGAUAACGUGACCUCGCAUAACUUCACCCUGAGCAGAGUCUUAGUCAGCCACACCUUUGUGGGCGUGUCGGGCCCUUGACAAUACAUUCAUGGAAACGUUAGCAACAGAGCAAUUUCACAUUAUUUGGAAUCAUUAGAAUCAGUAUUAUUUUUUUAAAUUAUCGCUUAAUGGCGCUUGAAAUGUAUAAAAAUGACCCCGGCCUCUUCAUCACCACCAAGUAUGUGUGACUUCAUCAUAGUUCUUGUAAUACUUAAUUGGAACCCGAGGGAACAGGCUUAUAUCUCUGUAUAUAAUAUGUAACUAUUUUUCAUGUAAAUUUGUAAAUAAUACAGAUGGUUCUACCUCUUUAAAUUUGUGUAAAUAAAAAGACCAUUCCUGGACUAUUUUAAAAAUAA